GGCGCUCGCGCACGCGCGGACGACUGUGUGCGUGUGUACGCGCACGUGUGUAUGUGUGUGUGUGUGUGUGUGUGUGUGUGUGUGUGCGUACUAGCCCGCCCCCGCGCGUGUGUGUUGUGUGCGCGUGUGUAUGUUGUUAUUAUUAUCCUCCCGCCUGCCCGCGCCUCUCCUCUCCUCUCCGCUCCGCUCCGCUUGUCUCCGGCGCGCUCGGCUCAGAAUGGCCAGAUUCACGCAGAGUGAAGCGAGGCGGCAUCAGCAGCAGCAGCAGCAGCAGACUCCCCCGCAACCCGCCCACGCCAGCGCGCUCCUCGGCGCGUCACCCGCACCACUGUCAGCAGCCCCGAGCCCGCAGCACGCGCACCUCGCGCUCCCCAAGCCCAUGAGCGGCCCCGAGUCCGGCUCCGUGAUCCACGCCGACGGCGGCGCCAUGAAGGACCAGGACGCCAUCAAGCUCUUCGUGGGCCAGAUACCGCGCAACCUCGAGGAGAAGGACCUGAAACCGCUGUUCGAGCAGUUCGGCAAGAUCCACGAGCUCACCGUGCUGAAGGACCGCUACACCGGCAUGCACAAAGGCUGCGCGUUCCUCACCUACUGCGCUCGUGAGUCAGCCAUCAAAGCCCAGAAUGCACUGCACGAACAGAAAACUCUGCCAGGGAUGACACGGCCUAUUCAGGUUAAACCAGCUGACAGCGAGAGUCGUGGAGAGGACAGGAAGCUGUUUGUUGGCAUGCUGAACAAGCAGCAGACGGAGGAGGAUGUGUACCGCCUUUUCGAGCCUUAUGGAGUGAUUGAAGAGUGCACCGUAUUGAGGGGUCCUGACGGAAACAGCAAAGGAUGUGCCUUUGUUAAGUUCUCCACACACACCGAGGCUCAGUCAGCAAUCAGUGGCCUCCAUGGGAGCCAGACCAUGCCUGGAGCAUCCUCCAGUCUGGUAGUGAAGUUCGCAGACACUGAUAAGGAGAGGACUAUCCGCCGCAUGCAACAGAUGGUCGGCCAGUUUGGCAUCUUCAACCCUGCUGUGGCUCUGCCAUUCAGCACAUACAGCAGCACCUACAGCACCUACACACACGCUCUGAUGCAGCAGCAGGCGGCCAUAAUGGCUGCGUCUCACGGUGGCUACCUGGCACCCAGCAUGGCGUUUCCGGCUACACAGAUCCACCAGGUGGGGGCGAUCAACAUGAACGGCCUGCCGCCCACUCCCAUGACUCCAGUGUCAGGACUGAGCUCUCCCCCUGCUAACCUGGCAUCCUCGGCCGUGCCCAGCAUAGUGACCCCCAUCGUUAAUGGCUUCACUGGCAUCCCACCGCAGCCCAAUGGUCAUCCGGUGGAGGCGGUCUACGCCAACGGCCUGCCACCGUACUCCACCCAGAGCCCCACUGCCGCCGACACACUUCAGCAGGCCUUCACCGGCGUCCAACAGUACACAGCCAUUUACCCCACCACCACACUGACCCCUAUAGGCCAGACACUGCCACAGCCGCCUCAGGUCAUUCAACAGCAGCAACAGCAGAGAGAAGGUCCAGAGGGCUGCAAUCUCUUCAUCUACCACCUGCCACAGGAGUUUGGUGAUAACGAACUGAUGCAGAUGUUUCUGCCUUUUGGCUCUGUCAUCUCCUCCAAAGUGUUUAUGGACCGAGCUACCAACCAGAGCAAGUGUUUUGGCUUUGUGAGCUUCGAUAACCCUGGCAGUGCCCAGGCAGCCAUCCAGGCCAUGAACGGCUUCCAGAUCGGCAUGAAGCGCUUGAAAGUGCAGCUCAAAAGGCCAAAGGAUGCCAGCCGCCCCUACUGACCCUCGCCCACGACACUCACGUACACACACACACGCAGCUGACAGCACAGGUUUUGAACAGUCUUGACAUCUGUAACAGAUGGAAAACUUUACUUGCAAAACCAACAUGGAAAAGUGACCAACAAGAAAAAAAGAAGAAAAAAAGAGAAUCAAUUAAAUGCAGCUUACAAAUAAGUACAUGAUUUUUAUUUUAAGAAAAAAAAAAAAACA